ACUGAAGCUUGAACCGAUGUUAUUGGAACGUUGUGUCAACAAUUGAUUCUAUAUUCUGAUAUUCUCCUUGUGUAUUUAACUAUCAGUUUACAUUGAACCACUGUUCUGCAUCAGUUUGCAUACACUUGUGUAGUGAAGUUAUUGUUGGUUUUAGCCACUAUUAUCUGACUAAGGGUAUUAUAAUACAAUCUGAACACUAGUAGUACAUCAUAUUUUCCAAUAUGAACUAUAAAUAUGUACCAACAGCGGUGAUGUCGUCGGUCCACUGUGUGGUGGUGUGGGAGUGGCAGAGUGGCGGCCAGUGGCUGCCACACACGCCUGCAGUGACGCGCACCCUGGAGCGAGCCCACGCUAAGAAGCUGACGAGGGUUGUAUUAGCAGAUGCCGAUCCAGCGCUCAGAGGGCACUAUGUCAAUUUGAGAACACUUACACAAUGUUUGGAUACUCCAGAGGGCGGGUCGGCGGAGUGCCUGGUGCGGCGCUCGUGCUACGGCGUGGGCUCGCCGGCCGGCCGCGGCGUGCGCUGGGAGUGGGCGCGCUUCACCGCCGCGCCGCACGCCGCCGAGCUCAACUACGAGCCGCUGCCCAUGGAGGAGCCCGGUGAGUCUACAGUCACCUGGCGCAUGACGGCGCGCGCCGGCGGCCACGUGCGCCUGCUCCGGCGCGCGCCGCAGCCGCCCUACCCGCUCACGCGCCAGGCGCCGCAGGAGCCCGGUGAGUCUACAGUCACCUGGCGCAUGACGGCGCGCGCCGGCGGCCACGUGCGCCUGCUCCGGCGCGCGCCGCAGCCGCCCUACCCGCUCACGCGCCAGGCGCCGCAGGAGCCCGGUGAGUCUACAGUCACCUGGCGCAUGACGGCGCGCGCCGGCGGCCACGUGCGCCUGCUCCGGCGCGCGCCGCAGCCGCCCUACCCGCUCACGCGCCAGGCGCCGCAGGAGCCCGGUGAGUCUACAGUCACCUGGCGCAUGACGGCGCGCGCCGGCGGCCACGUGCGCCUGCUCCGGCGCGCGCCGCAGCCGCCCUACCCGCUCACGCGCCAGGCGCCGCAGGAGCCCGGUGAGUCUACAGUCACCUGGCGCAUGACGGCGCGCGCCGGCGGCCACGUGCGCCUGCUCCGGCGCGCGCCGCAGCCGCCCUACCCGCUCACGCGCCAGGCGCCGCAGGAGCCCGCGCGGCGGCCGCGCAUCCCGCAGCAACACACGGGCUCGAGCGUGCAGUCGGUGCAGUCGGCGCAGUCCAUGCCGGCCGCGCCCGCGCCGCCGCCCGCGCCCGCGCCGCGCCGCGCCGGCGCCCGCAGCGCCUCGCCGCGCGACCGCAAGCCCGGCCUGGCCCGGCAGAUCUUGCACAACCUCAACAUAUUCAGUAACAGCAACAAGCCCCCGGCCGCUCCCGUGGAGCACAAGGCGCCGCGAGACAGCGCGGCGGAGCAGAAGCAGUGCGGCGAGCCCGAGUGCGGCAGCACGCGCUCGGGGCGCCGCCACAGCGUCGACACCGUGUCCACGUACCUGAGCCACGAGAGCAAGGACAGCCUGCAGCAAGGGUCCGUGGGCGAGCUGCUGAACUGCAGCGCGGGCAGCGACGACGUGUUCGACGCGCCGCGCGCGCCCGAGCCCCCGCCCACCUCCGACGGGACUAUUGUCGGCUCGGACAGCGCGGCGGCGAGCGUUUGCGGCUGGGUGCGCGCGGAGGCGUGCCCGCAGUGGGGCGCGCUGUGCCCCGCCUGCCUGCGCGCGCUGCGGGGCCCCGCGCCCGCCGUGGCCCUGACUCGCUGCCAGCACAUGCUGCACCUGCACUGCCUCAACACGCAGCUGGAGCGCCUGCGGGCCGCUGGCGAGGCGCUAUACAUCGAGUGCCUGGUGUGCGGGCGCGUGUACGGUCGCGCGGAGGGGGCGGGCGCGGGCGCGGGCGCGGGCGGGGAGGGCGGCGCGCAGCCGCCCGGCAGCAUGGCGUGGAGCCUGCAGCCCACGCCGCUGCCGCCCUACCCGCACUGCUCCUCCAUACUCAUCACUUACAGCUUCCAGUCGGGGCGGCAGGGCCCGCGGCACCCGGCGCCGGGCGCGCCCUACUACGCCGUGGGCUUCCCGCGGCACACGCUGCUGCCCGACACGCCGCUCGGACGACAGGUGCUGUCAGCGCUGCGCAGCCUAUGGGCAGCUGGUCUCCUAUUCGGCGUGUGCGCGUCACAGACGACAGGCCGCGAGCACGUGGUGGCGUGGCGCGCGCCGCCGCCGCCCGCCGCCGCCGCCCACUACCCCGCGCCCGCCGCCGCCGCCGACGCCGCGCUACACGCCGCCCUCGCCCGCCUCCACGCGCUCAUGCCCGAGGCGCGGUGACACAACACCACUGUGCUAUGGUAAAGCCUGCUCCGUGAGCACGUAGAAUUUUGUCCAAUGACCCCAAGCUACCCAUCCUUAUCGCUCGCGCGUAAUUAUG